AUGUCUUCCUUUAAUGCGACACUAGCGGUGUUAUUAGCAGCUAAAUACUGUCGUCAUUAUCCGUUAUUUCAAUGGCAAGAAGAAGCUCUUCCAUCCAUGGGAAGACGUGCUGAGAAAUACUGUUUUCGAGUCAAUAUGCUGAAUUUACAGCAAGAAAAGUGUGGUGAAAUGGUCCUAUCUGUAUUACCAGCGCCCUUGAGUCUAUUAGACUUUCAGAAGGACCAUACAAUAUAUACAUUAAAAUCUCUACUUGUAACACUCAAGCAUCCAUAUAUUCUACCGAUACUGGACAUUUACUACUCCAUGGAGAAGAAAGCAUUGGUGAUUGUCCAGCCAUUUAUACCGACAGGUAGUCUUAAAGACCGGAUCUAUCACGUUGAUCAUCCAACCAUGGCUUUUGGUGUGAAAUAUCGACUGGAAAAGGCUCAUCCAUUACCUUUUAAAGACAUUGCCAAGUAUGCACGACAGAUUCUUGAAGCUCUAGAUGGACUUCGAGGCAAAGGUUUUGUGUGUGAUCACUUGAGAUCAACCAAUGUCAUGAUUGACAAGGGCAAUGCACGACUUGCGGAAAUUUAUACACCGUUGCUUGCAAUCGAUCGCUAUAAGGACAGUCGAGAACUAACAGUUAGUCUGGAACAAGACAUGGACAUUGAUUUACUGCUCUUUGGACAAAUUUUGUAUGAAAUGGCUACCGGAAUGGAAUUAUUGUGCCCUCAACCAGAGAAAAGUGUGCUGGAUAUGCUGGCACCGGAAAUUGCUGAGGUGCUGCAGGCUAUUUUCUAUUGUCAAGAGACGAUCAUUUCACCGGAUUCACCACCACAUUCAUUUGAAGUGGAUGGAGAAAGCAAAAGCACGGAAGGUGAUGAUCUUGCGUCGGUUAGUAGUACAGUUCCUAGUCGCAACAAGAAACACUUGUUUUACGUUGACGUGGAGAAGAUGCUGAGAGAUUUUCCGCUGUUUAGUGCUGCUCGAGAUGUCCCACCGAUUCGGACGCUAUUCUCUGGAUUUCGUCUGGAUUCUAACAUGAAGAGUACAAUCAAAUAUAGCAUGCGUAUAAACGCGAGCCGCAGUCACGCACAUAUGGUGCAUUACAAUGACCAAGUAGCACUGCAACGGGCUCGUCAACGUGCUGAGCGUCGCGUCUACGAGGAGAAGGAGAAACAGCAUCAGCGUCGUCAGCAACUCACCCCGAGCAAGAACCCAGUUAGUAAAGGCAAUGCAUAUAGUAGCAAGACCAUGCCGUCCCGACGCAAGACGUACCGUGCCGAUAGUUUCCGGAAUCAUGCCCAACGCAUGACACUGUGUUUGGAAGUGUGA